AUGAGGAUGAGGAUGGAGGGCGGGGAGGAGAUGCAGGGUGCUGCGGGGCUGCGCUGCACCUGGGACAUCCUGCCACCCGCCGGCACCCCGGCCAAGUGGGUGAAGCUCAAUGUGGGAGGCACCAUCUUCCUUACCACCAGGCAGACCCUGUGCCGGGAGCAGAAAUCUUUCCUGUGUCGCUUGUGCCAGGGCGAGGAGCUGCAGUCAGACCGGGAUGAGAAUGGUGCCUACCUAAUAGACCGGGAUCCCACUUACUUCGGACCCAUCCUGAAUUUCCUCCGUCAUGGGAAGCUGGUUCUGGAUAAAGAUAUGGCYGAAGAGGGGGUCCUAGAAGAAGCUGAGUUCUAUAACAUCGGCCCUUUGAUCCGAAUAAUCAAGGACAGACUGGAGGAGAAGGAUUACACAGUAACUCAGGUGCCUCCCAAGCAUGUCUACCGUGUGCUGCAGUGCCAGGAAGAGGAGCUCACUCAAAUGGUUUCYACUAUGUCAGAUGGAUGGCGGUUUGAGCAGCUUGUGAACAUUGGCUCAUCUUACAACUACGGGAAUGAGGAUCAGACAGAGUUCCUGUGUGUAGUCUCCAAAGAGCUAUACAACUCUCCCAAUGGCAUGAGCUCGGAGCCCAGCCACAAAGUCAAGAUUGCCCAUCUACUCAGGAUUCUUCUAAACCCUUUCUUCCUCUGGACUCUCCAUCCUGCUCCCCUACCCUCUGCUCUCCAUUUGUCAUUGGGAUGUUUGUCUCCUUGUGGUUACCUCCCUCCCACCCUACCCCAUCUCCCUGCCUCCAGCAUUUUCCCUCUGCUCUCUUUGCCCCUCACAUCCUGGGUACCUUCCAAUCCUCCCAAGCUCAGGGCCCUGUGUGCUCCCUGCUCAGGGCCCUGCCUCUACAUCUCACUUUGCCUCCUCUGCAGGUACGUUACCUGUCUGCACUGUCAGAUCCUGCCAGUCUGAGCUCUGCAUGAGUGACUCACUUCCUCCCUUCUUAUGGAUAUAGGCCCGGUUUGUAGAACUGGGGGAGAGGGGGUGGGAGGGGAGGUGAUGCUGAGUCAUUUUUAAGGCAGCUUUUCUGAUUUUUUUCAUCAUAUACCAACCUUAGUCUCCAAGCAGGCCUUACCGUGCUGGACUAGAGGCUCUGGCAGCACAAGAGCAAUUACAGCUAGGAGAAAUGAAAAGGGCUGGAAAUAAAUGCAAAGCAGGCAGUGGUGGCACUGCAGGAAGUUUGCCAGGUGUCUGCCUGACUCACAUGCCAGCUCCCUUCUCCAGACUGCUGUCCAUAGCUCCUUUGGCAGCCAGAGAGCUGUCUGCAGAAGCAGCUUAUGAUAUUUCCC